CUGCACGUUCCAAAUUGCAAUAACAAAGUAAAAGUAAUACAGACAUUUUAAACCUGACAAGACAAGUGAAUGUUUAUUCGUCACAGUGGCGUGGAUACAGUAUUGUCUCAUUAUUCACGGCAUGACUAUGAAUUCCCGAUUGUUGUUGCUGGUAGUUGUGUGGCAAUGUGUGAAAUCCCAGAAUAUGUCGCUAUACCCAACAAGCAUUGAUGGUAACAAUACGUUAAAUGGGACAGCUACAACCCCUCUUCAAAACAACAAUAGUUCACCAGCGGUUCACGACUUACAUGAUUUGUCCGUAGUUGGAAAAGUCUGUAUAUCUGUCUUUGGUGGAUGCGUUUCAUCAGCUACAAUAUCUGGAAAUGUCCUUAUCAUAGUAGCAUUUGCACAAGAGAGAAAGCUGCAAAUUCUUAACAAUUACUUGCUUGUUAGCCUAGCCGUUGCGGACGCCACUGUUGGUGCUAUUUCUAUGCCUCUCAAUAUUGUGUUUAUUGUUCAAGGAUACUGGAAAUUUGGACGACACUUUUGCGAUAUAUUUCUUUUGGUAAAUGCAUCUUCAAUUGCACAUAUUUUCCUUAUCUGUGUCGACAGAUACCUAGCAUUGUCUUUACCGUUCAGAUAUAGACAAUUUCGAAACAAGCGACUUCUACUAUUGAUGAUAGCUGGAGCAUGGGUAUUUUCGUUUCUUUUUUCAGCACCAUGGGUGUAUGUGUGGCCAUAUACUCAAGAUGUACGACAAAGGUCAGACACUGAAUGUCAUCUUGUGGUUUUCGAAAACAAAUAUAUGUCGUUGUUUUUAAAUUCAGUGGUUGUAUUUAUUCCUACGAUUGUUAUGGUGGUUCUUUAUUACAAAAUAUUGAAGAUAGCCAGAAAGUCUACCCGAUUUAAAAAGUGUUUAAAGCAGAGAACGGAUGAAAAAGAAUCUAGUCAAUCAAGUCUUAAGAAUAACGCCAACAACACAUCUAGCAAUGGUUGUUGUUCAGGGUUACGAUCCCUGAUUGACAGAAGUAAAAGCCAGAAAGAAUCUGGUAAUGAAACAAUAGAAGUAACUGAACCCGAGCUACAUACAGGCAAUGAAGACGAAAUUAAAAAAGAAGACGAUUUGGCGGCCAGACAGGCUACUAGAAUUCAGAGACACCGAGAUAACCGUAUUUUAAAGAUAUUGGGUACCGUUCUUAUCACAUUUAUUAUCACAUGGAUGCCGUUCAAUAUUUCAACCACAUUACAUCCUUUCUGUGAAAACUGUAUCCCACCUACGAUAUGGUACUUUCUCUCGUGGUUUUUGACGUUAAACUCAUCCGUCAAUCCCUACUACUACGCUCUCUGCCACUCGGACUUUAGAGAGGCGUUCAAGAGGAUACUUUGCUGUAAACAGCGCUAGUGUUGAUUUUUGCAACUAACUAUGCUGCUUAUAGCGCUAACCUUUGAUCUUGCAACUCAAUAUCUUAACAUCACCGAAAGCAGCUGUAAAAGGGCAAAAAAAACCGGCGUCGUCAGUCUAAUUGAUUUACAAGAUGUUAUCUGACCACUAUAUUGAAUAGAAGAAAGCUGCGCAAUUAUAUUGCUUGAAUUUAGAUAAACGCACAGAAUACCUGUAUAAUACGUUCAUGUACAUAGUGAUAGUGUUUUAAUAGAUAUGUAAAGAGUUGAGAAGAAGAAGAAAAAAGGAACGUUUAAUAACAAAGAAAAAAUGUUACACAUAAAUGAAAUCCAUCCAUUUAUAUAAGCUAU